CCUCCAGCAGCAGCUGAGACCGUUUGGAGAAGAUGGCGGAGUCGCUGUCGACUGGUCCGGGAGAGGAGAAGGAGAAGGAGACGGAGGACAGGGAGCGGGACGGCAGCGCUGCCACGGCCGAGAAGAGCACGGCGAGCGACGGGGCCACGGAGACGCGGGGGUUCCGCGACGAAAAUGGCGGCAGCGCGGGCAAGAGACGGAACCUGUCAGACCUGUCGCUGGUCAGAUUUAUAACUACCGAGCUCACCAGAGGCUAUUUCCUGGAACACAAUGAGGCCAAAUACACAGAGCGCAGAGAGCGGGUCUACACCUGCCUGCGUAUCCCCAAAGAGCUGGAGAAGCUGAUGACAUUCGGCUUCUUCCUGUGUCUGGACGCCUUUCUCUACGUGUUCACGCUGUUGCCGCUCAGAGUCAUUCUGGCCCUUUUACGGCUCCUCACGUUGCCAUGCUGUGGCGUCAGUGGCUCCCGCCUGCUGCAGCCAGCACAGGUAUGUGAUGUCCUGAAAGGCUUCAUUAUGGUGUUGUGUUACUCAAUGAUGAGCUACGUGGAUUACGCCAUGAUGUACCACCUCAUCAGGGGACAGUCUGUCAUCAAACUGUACAUCAUCUACAACAUGUUAGAGGUGGCGGAUCGCCUGUUCUCCUCAUUUGGUCAGGACAUCCUGGACGCUCUGUACUGGACGGCCACUGAACCCAAGGAGAAGAAGAGAGCGCACAUAGGGGUGAUUCCUCACUUCCUCAUGGCCGUGCUCUACGUCUUUCUUCACGCCAUCCUCAUCAUGGUUCAGGCCACAACUCUCAAUGUAGCCUUCAACUCCCACAACAAGUCUCUGCUCACCAUCAUGAUGUCAAACAACUUUGUGGAGAUCAAGGGGAGUGUGUUUAAGAAGUUUGAAAAGAACAACCUUUUCCAGAUGUCUAACAGUGACAUAAAAGAGAGGUUCACCAACUACAUCCUCCUGCUCAUCGUUUGUCUGAGAAACAUGGAGCAGUUUUCAUGGAACCCUGACCACCUGUGGGUGCUGUUUCCUGAUGUAGUCAUGGUGAUAGCAUCAGAAGUUGCCGUGGAUGUUGUCAAGCACGCUUUCAUCACCAAAUUCAACGACAUCAGCGCUGAUGUGUACGGAGAAUACCGAGCCAGCCUUGCCUUUGACCUUGUCAGCAGUCGACAGAAAAAUGCGUACACAGACUACAGUGACUCAGUGUCCAGGAGAAUGGGCUUCAUCCCGCUUCCCUUAGCUCUGCUGUUGAUCAGAGUAGUGACAAGCUCAGUGAAAAUCCAGGGUUCACUCUCCUUUAUGUGUGUGUUGCUGUUUUACUUGGGGAUGAUCACUCUGAAAGUGCUCAACAGUAUCGUUCUGCUGGGGACGUCGUGUGUGUUUGUCAAAGCGGCCAAUAUGGAAGAAAAGCUCUUCGACCCUCCACCUUCUGCCACCUCCAGCCGAGUAAACUCCAGAGCUAACCGCACCAAACACGUUAACACGCCACCACAGCAAGAAUCCACUGCAGACAAGGGAGGAACACCACUGGCAUCAGACAACUCUCAGCCCAACACCACUGCCGAGAGCUCUGCCCCCACCCUUCCCAAGAGCGACUCAGACACAUUCCUGACGACGCCCGACGAAGAGGAUGAUGACAAGAUCAUCAACACCGACACAGGACUGGAAGGAGAUGGACUCAAACCCAGAACGCCCAAGAAAGACUUGCUAGAGAUAGACCGCUUCACCAUCUGUGGCAACAGGAUAGACUGACGGCCACAGAAACAAGCCAGUGUCCUGGAAACACAGCAAGGUUCAGGGAUCAGACACGGGUCAUGGAGCGCGCUCAGAGCGGACUUAUCCUUGUGCACCUGACCCCAGGAGUAUUUAUUUAUUUAUUACUGAAUAAAAACCAGCCAUGGUAUCAAGCUGUUACUACAAGCAACAGAGGCUGCUUCAGAUGUUUCCAGCUGGUCCAGUUCCAUUUCAGGUAGACUCUGAGGAUGAGUCGCAGUCGUCAGGGCAACCUCCAGAAAUGGUCAUUGGUGACAUCAAUGCAGAUGAGUGGCGUGCACGGCUGGCGUCCAGCCUGUGUGAGAUGGUAGGGACGUGACAGCUGGACUGUGCGAGCGUGUGUUCAAAAGCACAAUCAAAAAAAUAUGGCGAGGAGUCGUUUUUAGACAGAACAAAAAAAAGUGUCAAUUUUUCAAUUUUUUUAUUUUCAGAUGUUUGACAAAUUAUAAUAUUUCAAAUGAAUUUUUUUAUGAAAAAUCUCAGACCUUCAUCCUAAAAAUCAAUCGUGUUUAGCUGCAGGAUUAAGACUCAUCAUCACGUUAACACAUUGUGGAAAUCAUAAAGUCGAUCUGCUGACACCAACACUCAUUUUGAUUUGAAUUGAGUUUUUGUGAUGAGCCCAGAUGUUCAUCACGAUAAUAAUGACAGCAGCUUCAGGUUACACAGUCUGGACACAGUCAAUAGUUUGGAGGUUGUAGUAUCAUGACAUUUGUGUUGAUAUUGUUACUUUAAAGCACUGAGGCGAAACAGUACCUGUUUGUUAAGACUUAAGUGUUAUUUGAAGUGAUCACCAAGCCAGACGGGUUCAGCAGAUAUUUCUAUUUAAAGUGAUUUUUUUUAAUUUUCCAGUACAGUCCGUGUGUAAGCUCAUCGCUCAAGCAUGCAGCCUCGAAUAAUCAUUUCAUCAACAUCGGCUUAGAGCAAUUUCUAUAUUGGAAACUGUGAACUACAGAAAUGUCUCAGUGAAGUGCGACCCUGUGCUUGGUCUCAUUUAAAAUUCAUGGUGUGUGACACCAGCAUCAAUUGAACAUAUUUUUCGGUUUUUCACUGUUAUCUUCAGAGUGGUAUGAAAAGUAAAAAUUACAUGUAUGCAUGUAAAACUGUCAAAUCUAAAAGACAAGAAACAGGAUGGAGGAAUCAUCUGAAGGAAGUGAACUCGGCCGUUUUCGUUUUCCAUAGAGCUGAGCAAAAGCUAAAAGCAGGUUUGUGCCCUAAAGGUUGUUGUUGGUAUUGUUUGAUGUGGUUGGCUGCUGCUGGCUUUGAAUUUGAGAAGAGGCUCUUAGGAAACAUCUAUGUUCCACAAGAAGUCUGACUGUUAAUGCUGUGAAAACUUGCUGCGCUGUGUAAUCAAUUAUGUGUAUCCAACAACUCUAUCUGCUCUGAAGUCCCGGACUAAUGUUAAGUUCAACCAGUCUCCGGUUUUUGCCUCUCAUGUAUCAUUGUUACAUACAAACUAAAAAUGGAAAAAAUCCGCCAGGGGAUCUGUUAACAGAUUCACAAGAACUUAAAACCAUUCAUUGUUGUGAUGAUGGGUGUAGAACCAUCAGCUUCUUAUCAAACAAGCUGGAGAAAAAACCUAUGUUGCUGAAUAACAACGAUUUUUAAACAAUUUUCAAGUUGCAGCUCUAAAAUAUCCUCCUUCCUCAAUUUUUACUUACGUAAUCCAAAGUUUUAUUAAUAGUUCUACACUUGUUGCCUACGUUGCUGUUAUACACAGUUUGUAUACAAAAUAAUGUGUCUACAUUUUAUGAAUAUGAAUUUCUUGUUACCAGGGAUGAAAUUAGAGCUGCCACUUCUGUCUGUCUUAGGAGAGGGAUGUAGAAAGGGUUGAUUCUCCUCACUCAAGUCCAGGGUGAAGGGCAGAUGAGGUCACCCAUUGUUAAGCCAUAUGAGGCAAAAUUGUGAUUUGCUAUACAAGUUAAAUUUGAUUAAACUUGGAAAUAGAUGAUAAAGGUCUUGCAAAGCAUAGAAUCUUAGUGUUAGAUCAAAACCUCUUAACCCAGGAACAAAUUCUUUAUGAAUUAGUUUCCCACCUCAGACUUGUCAUCAGGCAAAAUGUAUGUUGAUCAAACUCAACAGUGUGCAAGAUUCUUUAUCGUGCUGUGGAUUUAAUAUUUUUAAAAUCCAAAUGGUCCUGAAUCUUCUUUACGAGCCUGAGAAGAGAAUAUUGUUACUGCGUUGCUCGGCAUUUAUCCUUCAGGAAAAUUGAGUCUUACCUCAGCUUUGACUUAAAUGUGCUGGUUGUUCAUGAGAGGCACAAACCUGAGGUCAGUCCAACCUCACUACGGGAGGACAUUCAAUACAGGAACAUAACUGCAUAUUUACAAAUGAAGGAUCAAGAGUGUGUGUCAUGAUGGUGUGACGUGUGUUUGUGUUUGUUUGCGUGUGUGUGUGAUUGCAGUGCAUGAAUGGUUCUCACUACUUGAUGUAUGAAUCAGAUCAGAUCACAAUCCAUCUGUGUAAAGCAUCUCCUCACAUGGUAGAAGGAGAAUAAAAUGAUUUUUUUUGUAA